AUGGGAGAAUCCAAGGAGGCUAAGCUCGAUUCAGAUGGUGUUUUGAAGAUUGAGGGUAAGAUUGGUGUGCCUAAGAUGGGUGAUUUGAUUAGAUUGAUUCUAGAGAAGGCUCAUUGUUCAAGAUAUUCUAUUCACCAGAAGUAUGUUCCGGACGAGUCUCAUGUGAUCUCCCUUGAUUCAGUGGAGUUGGGUCCAGAUUUGACAUUUGUGAAGGUGCCCAUAGCCAAUCUUGAUAGACUGGUUCAUAAGCUUAGGACCAAGUAUAUUGAUUCAGUAAAGGUGCAGUGGAAGCACUGCUCAUUUAGAGAAGCGACUUGGGAGUCAGAGAAUGAUAUGCGUGCUCAGUAUCCCUAG